ACGUAAACUCAGUGCUGUCAAAUCGGUCCGAAAGUCUGUCAAAAUAAUACAAAAUCGGUCUCGGGGUCGCGUUUUCCACCGUUUAAAUUCAAUUUUCCGCCGGAAGUUUCCCGACAAUUUUCCGACGGCCACACUUUUGUGGUCCGGAAAACCGUACCGUUUUAACCUGCAGUAUUGUUUGGGCCUUGCGGUUCCGCUAGAGCGAAAAAUUCACACUGAAAAUGGUGCUGCUCAGCAAUGAAGAAUUCCUGACACAACUCACACUGCUUUCCCAGUCGGCCCGGAGCGAUUCCUCCUUCACAGUGACGAUCAAGCGAUACGAUGGUCACGACCGACCAAAGCCCCGCGAUGGCAAGCCGCCGCUGCCGAAACCCGCCGAGUACCAGUGUUUGAUAAGAGCCCGAUCGCGCUCGAAAAAGCUGUCGACCGUCGUCCGGCACGACGAAGUGGCAAAGUUUAUGGAAUCCUACUCGAAAGUGCUAAAAUCCAGCAUGGACGGUCUGAAGAAAAUCAAAAAGGUGAAAAAUAAGGCCAAAGCGGCACAGGGAUAAACGGCGAUCGCUCCGAGGACUAUACUGUUGAUUCGCAUUUGGGCACUUUGCUUCUCUGGUCAACGAGGGAACCACUCGAGGGGCAAUCAGGAAAUCAGUUUCCUCCGACCCACUGUAAGCUUGCAACAUUGUGUAAUUUUCCCUAGAAUAAGUAAUAUGAUUUUUUUGGAAUUCAUUAAAACAGCUGAAAGGUUUAUUGGAA